AUGUAUCAUUACUCGAGUCCACCCCAGGGGUGGUCGACCUACGACUAUUCGCAGUCGCCGCCAACAUCGCCAUACUACGCUCAGUAUGCCUCUCAGUAUGCCAACGCAUACUCUUCGCCACGAGGUACCUCGCGACGCCACACCCGCAAGGCCAGCUACACGGCCACGACCAAGGAGCCCAGCUGGUCCUCGGCCUACCCGCAGUCCUAUUACGAGGCAGCGCCCGAAUAUGGCAUCCCGUCGCGCAAGCACGAUCAUCAACAGCCCAUCUUUGUCGAUGUGGCUGACGCAUUCGAUACUCCGCGCCACGCCUCGUUCCACGAGAAGCAGUCGCCGCAUGAGCCCCAGCCUCGCCCGACCCGCCAUGGCCGUCCCCCAGCAGCUGCAGCAGCACAACCCCCCCCCCGCCGAAGCGAGAUGGCCCCGGCCAGCAUCGUCGAACCGCGUCGACCUCCUACCGCAAAUCCUCGUCGCUCCCGCGCCCGCCGCCAGUCCACCUCCACCCGUACCCCGUCAAAGCCCAAGCCAGCACCCCCGUCUGCUAAACCGCCACCCGUUGCCACCGAGGAGGACGCCGAGCGCGCCGGUAUCCCAGCCGGCUACUCAACCAAGAACUGGGACCCCACGGAAGCCCCCAUCAUUCUCCUUGGCAGCGUCUUUGAUGCCAACUCGCUCGGCAAGUGGAUCUACGACUGGACUGUCUUUCACCACGGCGCAUCAACCCCCAUGGCCGACGUCGCCGGCGACCUCUGGCUGCUCUUGAUCAAACUCGCCGGCAAGGUCAAACGCGCCGACGAAUGUCUCCCACGAAUUCAAAGCCCCGAGGCGCAGGAUGUGGUUGAAGAUUUCCUCGAAAGCGGCGACCGCCUCUGGAACCGGUUCAAGAAGCUGCUCAAGGCUUGCGAAAUGUUCAUGUGGAAGGCGGCUAAGAAGGAAAGCGGCAAAGGGCAGGUGUCCAUGGGCCGCAAUGCGGGCUGCGAGUUUGUCGACUCGAUUUUCGGCCGUGAUCGUGAGCUUGAGAAUACGGAGAAGCUGAUGAAUAGUAUCCGGUUGUGGAAUAUGCGGUUUGACGCUAAUUGCGAAGAUAUUCUGCGUCGGCCGUCAGCCAAAUAG